AUGGGAUCGGUAGCAGACUGCGCAGAGAGGUGGUGCUGGGUCACUCUUGUCACCAAGCCGUCAUAUCUACCAGGCGUCAUCAUCCUCGCACAUACACUCGAUCAACACAAGUCCAAAUACCCUCUCGUCGUGCAGUACACCGAUUCGCUGGGUGAGAAGGCCGUAUCCGCUCUCCAGGAGGAGGCGCAGACCUACCGACGACUGCAACCGGAGAGAGUAUCUCUGCUCUUGCCCAGGAAAGAACAGGAGAACACCGGCAGCGUCGCCGAGCGAUUCAAAGACACAUUCACCAAACUCCGGGCUUUCGAGGUCUACAAGUUAGGGUACAGUAGAGCCGUGUUCCUGGACGCCGAUAUGGCCAUCUUCCGCAAUCCGGACGAGAUCUUCGAAUGCAAGCUUCCAGGUCGAGACUGGCUAGGUGCCACUCACGCCUGCGUGUGCAACCUUGACUACGACUCGUGGGCCCCAGCCGAGUGGAACAAGGGAAACUGUGCCUUCACGACAUUGAACCACCCGGACGAGGUGGCUGCAGAGAUUACGCCCGAGUCACGCCCGACAUAUCGACUUUUAAAUGGCGGCAUGUUGCUGUUCUAUCCGUCCGAAGAACUGUGGAACGAAAUGCUGCAGUUCUUCAACACCACCGACCGCCUCAAGACAUAUCAAUUCCCCGACCAAGACUUUCUGGCAGAUUUCUACCGUGACAAGUGGUAUCCGCUGUCAUGGAAGUACAACGCGCUCAAGACCAUGCGGUAUUGGCAUCCUCGAAUGUGGUCUGACGAUAAGGUUGUGGUCCUCCACUACAUCGUCGACAAGCCGUGGGAGCGACAGGUCAGCCCGGAUGGUGUGGCAGGCCAUCUCGGGAGAGACGGGGCAACUCAUGAGUGGUGGUGGAAUAUUUACCGUCGGUGGCGAGCCGACCGCGAGAAGACGCAACCUGACAGUCUCGUGCUUGAUUCAAUGGCGGAAUUGGUCGAUACGGAGCAGUCAUUCACCGAGGUGAUUCCCAUCCCGCAAGAGGUUGGAAAACCCGAAGAUGUUUCCUAG